GUGUCCGCGUGCAUCUAUAUAUAAGGCGACUUGCAGCUGUCAGGUGGCGGCGGGCAUCAUCAGCAGCGCUCAAUCUGCAGAAAAGAAAGAAAGAAAGAAGGAAAGAAGGUGACCAAAUGUCUCACGCGUGGGGUUACGCUGCCAAGAACGGUCCGGACAAGUGGUCCGCCAGUUUUCCCAUCGCCGACGGUCCUCGGCAGUCGCCCAUCGACAUCGAGCCGGGCCUGGCGUCGUUCGACGGCUCGCUCAAGCCGCUGAGCCUCAAGUACGACCCCGGCACCUGCUUGGAGAUCCUCAACAACGGACACUCCUUCCAGGUCACCUUCCUGGACGACCAGGACAGCUCCGUUCUGAGCGGCGGGCCGGUGUCAGGGGUGUACCGGCUCAAGCAGUUCCACUUCCACUGGGGGGCUUCCGACGACAGGGGCUCGGAGCACACGGUGGCCGGGAACAAGUACCCCGCCGAGCUGCAUCUGGUUCACUGGAACACCAAAUACGCCAACUUCGGCGAGGCCGCCAGCAAACCCAACGGACUGGCCGUGGUGGGCGUUUUCCUGCAGAUUGGAAAUGAAAACGCCAGCCUCCAGAAGGUUCUGGACACCUUUGGUGCCAUCAAGACCAAAGGCAAGCAGACGACGUUCACGGGCUUCGACCCAAGCAGCCUGCUGCCCGCCCGCCUGGACUACUGGACGUACGAGGGCUCCCUGACCACGCCCCCUCUGCUGGAGAGCGUCACCUGGAUCGUGUGCAAGGACCCCAUCGGAGUCAGCUCGGCUCAGAUGGACAAAUUCCGCGGCCUGCUGUUCUCGGCCGAGGGCGAGCCUGAAUGCUGCAUGGUGGACAACUACCGGCCCCCACAGCCGCUCAAAGGCCGCCAAGUGCGAUCUUGCUUCAAGUGAACAAACGCCACGGCCCCACCUGAUGACGCAAGUACGGCACAUCUGAGUUGGAAUUUGGAAAGUUGACAUUUUUCAGCACCAAAAUCAAACUUUGAAUUUCAUCCAAAAUCUCGUUUAAAAAAGCAACAACAUUGGACAGCUAGAAAAACUGGGUAUAAAUUUGCAUCAAGUACAGAAUUUCAAAUUGGAAUUUUAUUAGGUUUAAUUUAUGUCCAUUUUUUAAAUUCCUUUUCAUUUUUUUUAUGCUUUUUAAGAUUAAAAGUUUGAUUUUGGUGCUAAAAAAAAUUAGAAAUUCAAACUGGAUUUCGAUAGCAGAAUUUUUGACAUGUAUCUCUAUAUCGAAUUGUUUGUUGCUGAAUUGAUGGUGAUGUGGAAUAUUUUGUAGAUGUCAAAUUUUAAAAAAUUUUGAUGUUAGAGAUAGAAAUCCUAACUUUAAAAACAAAAGAAUCUACGUCGUUUUUUUUCAAGCCGAAAAAUAUUCAGUUUGAAAAAAAAACUGACGCGUAUACUCACGUGAUGGGUUUCUUUUUUUCAUUAAGUGUGAUGAUGCAAAAAAAAAAAAAAACGAGUGUUGCAAAUUCAAAUUCCAGCUCAGACAACACAGACACCCUGGCAUCGCUGCUUCCCUCCCCCACUCUUCCGCACACCCCAGUUGCCCUUUUUCUACCCCCACUGGCCUCCCGUUCCCUUUUUGGCACGGAACGACACCGAUCUCCGCCGCUCACGUGUCUCUCCUCCGUCCAACAUUCAUUCCUUCGUGGAAUUGUGUCAUUGCCCCAGGAGCACUUAGUGGGCGUCUGCCAUCACUGUGCCAUCCACUCUGCAAAUGUGCACUGUGGCUUCUUACGGAUUUAGGUCCGGCGCCAUGACUGCACGACACCAGGCUAGCUUCCAAAGCCUUUUUAUGUGUCAUCCUUUUUGUGUGUGUUUAUAAAACAUAUGCAAACUGAGUAAGUCUUACUCUGGAAAGUAAUUUGACUGAAAUUGAAUGUGUCAAGAAGAGUGUGCCAUUUAGAUUUUUAAAAAAGAUGCCAAGAAGGAGAAGAAUGCAAAAGCUCAUCUUUUCCUCUUUAUUUCUCAACCAAUGUACUAAAGAGAGAUUGUGAUUCAUAUUUUUCAAGGACAAAUUAGAUGCCUUAUUACAAUUAUUUAAAAAUUAUGCCAGUGGUUGUCAAGCCCCGUCCAGAAAUUGUUUGUCAUUUUGUUGUUCUAUAUUUAGCAAGUGGACAUUUGACCAGUUUAAUAAAUCGGUUUUAAAAGGAAA